GUUUUGGUUUUGUUUCAUUCCGUGGGGCAUAUUCUUAAGUUUUAAUAACUAAUAUUUAUACCAACAUUAAAUAUAGAUCUAAUUUCACAAGGGAGGGUUUCUAUCGUCUUUUUGACCUUUUUUUUUGGUGACUAUCAUGUCAGUCAGCAUUCCCUUGAAAGUAUUAUACGAUGCCAUCGGUACCAAGGUUUCUCUUGAAUUAGCCAAUGGUGAGGUCUAUAGUGGUACCCUCACGGAGCUGCAGGAUACGAUGAAUGUGCUUUUAGUCGACGCCAAGAAGAUUAGUAAAUCGGGGAAGGAAACCGCUAUGAAAAGCGUCUUUCUCCGCGGCUCGAACGUCGUUUUCUUCCAAUUGCCCGAUUUACUUCAGAUGAGCCCGGCAUUAUUAGCGGCUGGGAAUUUGGUGCCAAAGGCUCUAGAUAAACGAGGUGAUGGAAAAGGAUUUGGCAAUAACCACAGAUUCCAGAACGACUAAAGCAAAGCAAGAAUAAAAUGGAAAUGAAGGCCACUUAUGCAUCACGAACAAAGUUAAUGAAUCCAGAAGGAUAGCAAAGCAGACUGUGAAAAUGAUAAAAUCCUUUCCAUGUCAUAUAUUUAGGCGAGUGGAUUCAAUGUGAGUGCAAUAUUUAGGACCUAACAUUAUAAUUAGGUGCAUCUCGAGAAUUAUGGAGAGUGAGGAAUGGAGAGGGAAUUCCUUACUUUCCAAGGGAUAUCUGUGAGUUUGUAUCAAUAUUUGAGGUGCAUCCAAAAUUUUAAGAGGAAGGUAAGUACAUUCUGCGUCUUUUAUUGACGAAAUGUGUAAGUUCUUAUAUAUAUAUUUAGAAAGAGUGAGAGAGAUACAAAUAAAGUGAGAAAGAUAAUCGACCACUUAUUUGAUACGAUCUCUAGUAUUGGACACUUCUCUUUAAUGUGUUUUGAUCAAAUAACAUUUUAUAUUUCUCGGUUUCUAUUUUAGUUACUGUGUAUUUACUAUAUUUCUUCUAAGAGAGGAAAACCCUAUUUA